GGUCGUAGCCUAUAAACAAUGGCCCAGGCGACCGGCUGAUCAGUUUUCACAAAAACACGCCAAAUUUUCUCACUUUUGUCGUUUUUCCGGGAUGACCAGAGAAAUGAGUGCCAAAGAGCAGAAUGGCCCAGAGGGGGGCAGUCCACAGAACGGAACAGUCCACAGUAUCAGUCCCGGCCCCAGAGGGAGUAAGAUCAGUAUAAAGAUCCCCAGCGAACAUGCUUAUCAACAGACAGAGACACAAACAGACGAGUUUCUGAUGGGUCCCAGGCCUGGAUCUGUGGCCGAGGAUGAGAUCAUCAAAAUGACGGCGACACGAGUGAUCGAGCGUGCCUGGCUGUCUUACCGGGACAGACAGAUGUUUAAACUUCUCAAACAUGCUGUCUGUGCAGCUGAACACUGCCUGUCGUUUGAGAUCCUGAGAAAAGUCAGCCCCAUGGAGGCCAACCUGCUCAAGGACCCCAGCUUCCAGGUCAGGGUCAGGUUCAGGUUUGCAGGAAGCGACUUCCCUCCUGAGAUUGUGUUUAAAGUGUUCAUCCACACCGGAGGUCAGGGGGUCAACUAUGUCAGCGGCAAGAGGGUCAUCAAACCUGCCACGAAUGCUGCGGCAGACUCGUGUCGGUUGAUGGGUCACCGGAAGUUCUACGACCAGAUGAUCCGGGACGCGUGUCAGCACGAGAAGGAUCGGGUUACAGACGAGAUCGACAUUAUCACCAUGAAGGACUACAUGCAGUAUCUCAGCAACAUGGACGAAACUCCCGCCUACAUGGGCGGGAAGGAGAACCUGUGGAGGAAACUGUCACUGGAAGCGUUGCCACGACAGAGCAUCAUGUAUGACAUCGUGGAGUACCUGUACCACACGGGCACUCCGUCGUCACGGUUACAGGAAGACCUCCCUAUCCUCAUGUCCCGACCAAUCACACAGGAGAUACAGCUCCAGCACAUACAGGCCAUCUCUCAACUUAGGACGCCUCCCCCAGCCCCCUGCACUACUGCACAGUCCCGUACCCGGCCCAGACCACUCAGUAGCGGGGGGAGGUCCCAGCGAGGCUCGAAGCAGGCAAAGAAACGAGCACAGCAGAUGAAGAAACUCUACCAACAGGAGGGCAAGGAGGGUCUAGAGCCAGUCCCUAGUGGCACCCCUCUGGAUGAGGUGGGGAGGGAUCAGUACCUGGGAGCUCCGGGAGAGGACCAGGAAGAUUGGGAACAAGAGGCAGACAAGCUGUAUGAGUGGACUCAGGAACUCAACUUCGACGAUCUGGUUACAACGCCAAGAUACGAGAUGUAGCAAACAUGGGGUGUAGUUACUGUAAUGCCACAGUGUAGCCAUAAUCUUAUUGGGUGUAGUAGUGCCACAAUGUGGCAAUUUAAAUGAGAAGUACUGACAUCAUUAUCAAGGAACUCAACUUCGCCACACCUAGAUACGAAAUGUAGCAAACUAUAUAGUGCCACAAUGUAGCCAAUAGCCAUUAUGGUUUGUCACAAGUAUAGUGCUGCCACAGUGUGGCAAUAGUGGGACAUAGCGGUGCCAUUAAUAUGUAGGAAUGAGGCCAAACAAAAUAAUCUGCCAAAUAGCUAAAAUUUUAGGCCAAAUUAAUGUUAAACCUUUAACAAAAAAUUUAACACAAAUUGGAGGUAUUAACGGUGAAUUUCAAUUAAAAAUAGUUUUUUAAAAGCAAAAUUCUGCCAGGGAGCUCUAAUAUUUGUAUAUUGGGUGCGUCACUGUAUAUUUUUGAGUGGUUCAAAUAUUAUUGAAAGGACUUUAUUGAUAAACCAAAUGCCAUGGAUCUAUAUCACAUAAUCAGUAAAGUCAUAUCAAGAAAAAUAUCAUGACAUAUUUUCAAAUAUUUGCAUUUUAAAUAUUUUGACACACACACAGAGGCUCCAUUGUUGAAGAAAGAAUCUUGACACACAAUUUGGUGAAGCAGAGUUUAUUCUGUAAAUAGAGAUUCUGUAUAAAUAUAGUUCAUGGCGCAGGCAAGUGGGACAUCAACAGUUACGGUAAGGCCACAGCAAGUAAUUUUUAUGGAUGACAUCAGCACACGCAUUUUUGCCUGACUUUGGGAAAAAAAAACAAGAAAUUUUGU